UUUGCUCGAAACAUAACGGCUGAUCAGAUUAGUGUACAGAUUCUCAGUGGAAAAGGGGAGCUGAAAAAUAUCGAGCUCAACGAAGUGGUUUUAAGUGAGGUGCUCGAACUACCCACAUGGCUUCGAAUAAAACGAGCGGUGUGUAAUAAAAUUGCUGUGAAAGUGCCAUGGACACGACUGAAAUCACAGCCAGUUCAGCUUUUCAUUGAUGAAAUACGGGUUGAAGUUGAACUGACUUCUGAAGAAGUUGUCAGCAGUGGUUCCAGUCCUUUGAGUGCGUUUGCGGAUUCAGCUUACGGAUUUGCGAAUCGGGUCGCCGAAGGCAUGUCACUCUAUGUCAAUUCAGUGGAAAUCGCUUUUGAUUCGGGAGUUUUCCGGGGUUCCUUGACGCUUUCGAGAUUGGCUGUAGAAAGUAGGAGCCCCGGUUGGCAACCGAUCAGCGACUUGCGAUACAGUCGAAUCAUCGAUCCGGCAACUUGCAAAUUACUUAUGUUCAAAACGGUCACAUGGCAAUUAUUGCGUAUUGAAGCCUCGGCGCAAGCUCAGCAACCGUCACGGAACGUGAUAAAUGCACCGCUGCGACUAAUCACAAGCAGCGGCAAGAGCCGUAUCACCGUGAAAAAAUCCACUGCCGAUGGCAGUGUUCUUGGUGGUCGCAUCCAGAUAAUACUGGAUGAUAUCUUGUGGAUUGCUACUUUGCCUCAAGUGCGCUCAGCAAUUGCAUUCUAUGAUCAUAUCAUGAAAAUCGUGAAAUUAGCUCCGGAAAAGCCGCCAGUUGUGCCCUUACAGCAGCAAAAUGAAACAAAACAACUACUAUCACCGCCCACAUGCAAAGCCUCAAAUCCAGUUUCCAGUGCCUUUCGAAAUUUCGAUUUUGAGCAAACUUCAUAUCAUGUAUAUGUUGGCAAAAUAGAUCUUCAUCUGUGCGAUGAUAACUUGUCUUCGGAAGAUUAUCCGAAGGACUGGGACAUUGUGUGUGGUGCGCUGCAGGUCACUCUAGUCCGGCUCACAGUCGAUUUCUAUCCAGCCAACAGUGCCAUAUCGGAUCGCAACGAGUGGGUGCGGUACGAUAAUGAAAAUCAGUGUGCUGCAUGGGUGCACAAAAGUCGCUUAACGGGAAUGUGGCGGAAUUUAAUGUCCCAGAACUGGGUGGUACGUAUGCACGAUGUUGUUGUGCAAUGUGUCACUGAUAUGGAUUCCAAAAAAGAUGCGUUGUUUAAUUUGUUCAUGUCGGAUCGCCGAUCGAAAGUUUCGAUGCCAGGCGACAAGCCUCUUUUCCAUCUCGAACUUGCAUCGUUCUAUCAUCCGAAAAUCUCCGAUGCGUCGUUUGAAAUCGAGAAAAUUCCAAGGACAUUUUUACGCGUCGAACUACUGAUGCCAAAGAUAAUACUGCCAUUCAAAGAGUCGGACUCGUUGGACGCACGUCUGCCACAGAGACUUGUGCUCAGUAUGAGUACCGUAUUGUUAACAAACUGCGAAACAUUUUGCAGCGAUGAAUCAAAUUCAUUUUUCAAAUCCCUCUCACCGAACAUAAUUGAUUUUAUCGACAGGACGAAUCUUUUGACUGGAAAAGAGAAAUUCAAGGAAUUCAUUUUCCAGCUCAAUCAAAAUUCCUACUUUGAUGUUGACGAAGGAGAACGAUUUUGGAUAAAAACUUCACCUGUAUGGAUUGAUACUGAUUUUGGCAGCGGAACACCAAGCACAGUACUUCUGGCUGAUGUUGCUUUCCAUGCUCUCGUGAGCGCCAAAACGGAUAAAGUGAACAUAGCGCUACAGCCGUUGUGGAGGAUUCGAGCAGCCGUUAAUCAUUAUCAAUUUGUUGCCAUAGUGCGAUUGAUAAGCCGAAUAUCGAUGUUUGUGGACCAGCUUGUUGCUGAUGGAAAAUUUUUUUCAGUCAAUCGUAGCAACGGUUGUGGCGUUGCAAUUGCAUUCAUUUGCUUCGUUGACGAGGUCGAACUUAAUUUCAUUUUACCUGCCGAUCCUUUGCCAACUCCAUACGAUCUUCCGCAGGCCGCAUCGCUCCGCUCUGCCACGCCAUCAUCAAUUGGUUAG